UUCCGAAAGCAUUCAUCCGCUCGCUCUUAGAGCCGUCGUGCCUUAAAGCUCUCUCUCACGCUUCUCUCUUGUGUUCUCUAUUUAUACUCUCGCGCGUCGCGAUCACUUUUUUCAUUUCAUGGCUUUGGCAAUGACCCUUGGCCAGAAAAACAUGUACAACGUUAUCCAGCAUUCCGUUCCUCAGGGAAACUGUGUUAUUGUGUCCCAAGCUCAGAAACAACUUUCCGGAAAAAGACCCUUGGCUCCAGCUCCAGAACGAACGUCAGUUUUGGUGUCGAACAACAACAACAAUAAUAACAACGACCUGAGGUGUAAAAGAAAAAUCCAGUUCAUGCCUUACGGAACUCCCGCACAACAACCUGCAUCGGUGGCCAGAAGAAAUGCACGAGAACGAAACCGCGUCAAGCAAGUAAACAACGGAUUCGCCACUUUGAGAUCCCACAUUCCUCAAACCGUUCUUCAAGCGCUAUCGCCUCAACCAAAUACCGGACGAGGAGCAUCAAAGAAACUAUCCAAAGUCGAAACACUUCGUCUGGCCGUCGAAUAUAUCAGAAGUUUGAAACAGAUGAUCGACGAUCACGAAAGCGAGAUGUCCAGUAAUCCGGGUGAUAAUCAGUCAGUCGGUGACCAAAGGUACUAUACGAGUUCCCCGGAAUCGAACAGUUUGUAUCAAGGUUCCUACUCGAUUCUGUUACCAACACCGGCCUGUUCGGAAGCAUCAGCAUCACCUACACCAUCCCAAGUUUCUGAAAGCUCGUUUUCGGCAAACUCGGCGUACACCACCUCCCUCUAUCACAAUCCAGAAAACUACGAGAACUACGAUCCGAAAAGUCCAGAAGACGAAGAGCUUCUAGACGCAAUAUUUUCAUGGCAGCAAGAAUAAUCUUCGAGAUCCUUCGAGGUUAUAAGCGCUGUUUGGCCAGUUGAAAUUCUAAUCAAAACAGAAGAAAUUCCGCAAAAACUCCAGUGAAAAAAUUCCAGUGCCUUCUUCAUUCCAGUGAGAAGUGAUAUGUUAUAUAUAUAGUUUUUUUGAAGAGUCUAUCACUUGUUUUUCUAGUCAUUGUUAUUGUACAUAUUUACCUGUAUAUAUUGUUUAUAUUCUAUAGUUUUAUAUUGACGGAAGACGCUUCCUAAAUUCUAUGUCUUUAUUUUUUUUUGUCACGACAAUAACGACUUAGCGCUCUCUACGAAUUUACACUUUUUUAUAUUUUUAUAUAAAUUUUGUAAUUAAAAAAGGUCUACAAAUAGAUUUUCGUACUGAUUACUGAUAGUUACUUUUUAAUUUAAAAUUGUUAGUUUUUUAAGUUGUAUAUUUAACUCGAUUUAGUAUUUAAACGUACUGAAAUAAAAAAAAAAAACUUUUUUAUA